AGGAUGUCCACGCAGUGGUACGAUUCACAAAAAAACAACUUACGCUUGUCUACGAUGACAAUUCGAAGUCUAUCCGCCAUUUCGCUUGUCGUUCUCGUUGUUGUUGGGCGCUGGCUAGACAACAUCAAGCGUCGGUGGUAUGUUCUUGACCCAGAAUCACUCCAUGAGCUGGCAAAGUCAGCCGUCGCCGCCGCGUCUUCACCCAACGACACUGCUGGAAUGAUUCAACAUAUCGUGACCAAUCUCACCAACACCUACUCCCCCAGCCAAAUCAAGCUGAACCGCGAUUCAAAGGAGUGGGUCUUCAACAACGCCGGUGGGGCCAUGGGAGCCAUGUACAUCAUCCACGCCAGCAUAACUGAGUAUCUUAUCAUAUUUGGGACCCCUCUGGGCACAGAGGGCCACUCUGGUGUCCACACAUCCGACGACUACUUCAACAUUCUUGUAGGAGAGGAAUGGGCCUUUGCACCUGGCAGCCUCGAAAUGGAGCGUUAUACGGCUGGGAUGGUCAAUUAUAUGUCUCGUGGGACAGCCAAACAGUACAAGAUGCAUCGCGGCUGUUUUGCGCUGGAAUAUGCUCGAGGUUGGAUCCCGCCUAUGCUUCCCUUCGGUUUCAUAGACACCUUCACUUCGACUUUGGACUUUUUCUCGUUGUACGACACUUGCCUAGACUUGUGGUACGAUCCCGAAAUUUACAUCUUGAAUCUGUCGAUGACAUUCAACCUGAGCAAGUGGAAUAUUGGCGCCAUUGCUCUGCUCUGCUUGGUCGUUCUCGCAAGAUGGCUAGACCACGUCAAGGACCGGUGGUAUGUCUUCGACCCAGACUUCCUCCACGAGUUGGCGCAGUCCGCUGUGGCGUCUGCAUUUUCACCCAACGAUACAGCCGGGAUGAUAGACCAUAUUGUUACCAACCUGACCAGUACCUAUGCAUCCAGUCAAGUUAAGCUGAACCACGAUUCAACGGAAUGGGUCCUAUCCAAUGCUGGUGGCGCCAUGGGCUCGAUGCGGAUACUUCACGCGAGCAUCACCGAAUACCUCAUUAUCUUCGGUACUCCGCUUGGCACGGAAGGGCACUCUGGCAUCCUGAGUGCGGACGAUUAUUUCCACAUCCUUGUUGGAGAGCAGUGGGCAUUUGCGCCGGGUAGUUUUGAGAUGGAGCGUUAUACAGCCGGAACUGUCCACUUCCUCCCACGCGGCGUGACAAAGCAAUAUAAAAUGCAUCGAGGCUGUUUUGCGCUGGAGUACGCGCGAGGUUGGAUCCCACCUAUGUUGCCCUUCGGAUUGGCGGACACGUUAACUUCGACCCUAGAUUUCUUCACCUUGUACCACACUGCUCGCAUCACUGCGAGGGAGGUACUUCGCAACCUAUUCGUGGGGAAAAUCUAA